AUGGGGCAGAGCGGGAGUCGGGACGUGCUGUUGGAUGCGGCGCAGCGACGCCUCGGUACCCAUGGGAGUGCCGCCGAGAAGGUUUGGGAAGGCAUUUCACAUGUCAGGAACGGGCAGCAUGACGGCAAAGCUGUGCACGCCAUUCCCGCCGAGGCGCUAGCGGCCCACCUUGGACUAGAGGCAGCCGCCUGCCAGCGAUUGAUAGCUGGAGCGGCCCAAGACUUGUUACCUGCGACGCGUGCCCUCGACUUGUCGCCACGUGAAGAAGAUCAGAUCGUGCUGCCCCCAACCACUGCCGACCUCUUAUCCCCCGAGGCAGCCUUUAUCAUCAAUGCCAACCUCGCCGGGCCCCUUCAGAAUCAGUGGCACCUCCUGUACUCGUCGGCCCGCGAUGGAUCCUCUUUUGCCACUUUUAGUGGGCGCAUCACCCAGGCAGGCGCUACAGUGCUUGUCUUCCGCGACAAGCAAGGCCACGUUUUUGGGGGCUUUGCUCCUGAAUCAUGGAGCGUUCAGCCCCAGUUCUUUGGGAGCAACGCGACCUUUCUCUUCAAGCUCGAGCCCGAGUUGCGUCUCUACGAGGCAUCGGGCCUCAACGACCACUUCAUGUACAUGAACCAAGGCAUGAAAACCAUGCCCAAUGGUUUAGGCUUUGGUGGUCAGCUCAAUUACUUUGCGCUUUACGUGGAUGCGGCCCUGACCAACGGCCAUAGCAAGGGCAAACCAAGUACAACCUUCAAAAGCCCCAGCCUGGCGGCUUCUGAGGACUUUGUGAUUGAUGCUUGUGAGGCUUGGCGUGUGGGUCCCAGCCCCGAACAAGCAGCUGGGCAAAAGAGUAUUUUGGACGGGCGCCAUGAAGAGGAGGCUCUCUUGGAAAUGGCUGGGCGCACCCUCCACAGUAAGCAACUGCGCGAGCCCCAUCCCGAGGAUGAUGAGUAA